AUGAUCAUCUACAAGGAUGCUGCCAGUUCUGACGAUAUUUUAUUGUCGGACAUGUUUGACUUCUAUGAAGUCGACGGCGUUCUAUACGAAGUUGACUGCGCCAUGGAAGAUGUAAAAAACGACGAAGACGAAGGCAAAGACGAAGGCGAAUACGAAGGCGAAGGCGAAGGCGAAGAAGAACACGACGAGCCUCAAAAAGUCAAUAAUGUCGUUUUCAACUUCAGACUCCAGCCCACCAGCUUCGACAAGGCCUCGUACGGGACCCACUUCCGAGACUAUUUCAGAAGAAUCAUUACGUCGCUCAAGCAGAGCAACGCUUCCGAUGAAGAAAUCACUGCCUUCAAGAAGGGUGCUUCAGCUCACAGCAAGAGAAUACUCAAUAGCUUUGACAGGUGGGAGUUCUACACAGGCGAAUCCAUGGAUGCAGAUGGCAUGGUUAUUCUGCUCGGCUACCGCGAGGAUGGUACUACGCCGUUCCUGACAUACUGGAAGCACGGCCUCACGGAACAAGAGCUCUAA